GGAUCAAGAGAACCUGAAGCUCCAGUCUGGGACUGAACAAACUAGCCUAGUUGCAGGAAUAGAGGAGACCGGGUCUUUCCGUGAACAGCCAUGUCAUUGAAAUAAGCAAAUGAUGGGAUUCAGUUUUAUCCACCAUGUAACUGAAUUGUAGUCGAUUAAAGCAUCGGAAACUAUUGGAGACGAAUUUAUUGCUAGAAAAAUGGCUGAGAAGCGGAGGUGAAGCGUUGCUGGUGCUGUGGAGCGGCGCGGCAGCUGGCCGAUCAAAAUCUGCAGAGACCUUUUGAUCCCUGUUUAUAAUUUGUCUUGUCCAUUAAUAACGACGGCUUGAUAGAAGCAUGUCUGGUGCACAGGACGAAAGCUCUGUUCGUGUGGCUCUGAGGAUCCGUCCUCAGCUAGCCAGGGAGAAGAUCGAGGGAUGCCAUAUUUGUACCUUUGUGACUCCUGGUGAGCCCCAAGUUAUUCUGGGAAAGGAUAAGGCCUUCACAUUUGAUUAUGUGUUUGACAUGGAAACGCAGCAGGACGCCAUCUAUUCCAACUGCACAGAGAAGCUUAUCGAAGGCUGCUUUGAAGGGUAUAAUGCCACUAUAUUCGCUUAUGGACAGACUGGUUCGGGCAAGACUUACUCCAUGGGGACAGGAUUUGACGUGAGCAUUGGGGAGAACGAAUUGGGAAUUAUACCUCGUGCUGUCCAUCACCUCUUCAAAGGAAUCGAGGAGCGAAAACAAGCUGCGACAGAGCAGGGAUUACCACCCCCGGAAUUCAAAGUCAAUGCCCAGUUCCUUGAGCUUUAUAAUGAAGAAGUGUUGGAUCUUUUUGAUUCGACACGUGACAUUGAAGCAAAGAAACAGAAGUCCCAUAUUAAAAUCCAUGAAGAUGCAAGUGGUGGUAUCUAUACAGUGGGUGUAACUACACGGACUGUGGGUUCUGAGACAGAGAUGAUGCAGUGUUUAAAGCUUGGAGCCCUGUCCCGGACAACAGCCAGCACUCAGAUGAACGUUCAGAGUUCUCGCUCUCACGCCAUCUUUACCAUCCACUUGUGUCAAGUGCGAGUUUGUGCAAGCACUAACAAUGAUAAUGAGACAGAUAACAGGAUAAUAAAUGGAUCUUCCCAAAUAGACGAGUUUGAAACUCUCACUGCCAAAUUCCAUUUUGUUGACCUUGCGGGUUCAGAGAGAUUAAAGAGAACUGGAGCGACAGGGGAGAGAGCCAAGGAAGGGAUAUCAAUCAACUGUGGUCUGCUGGCACUUGGGAAUGUCAUUAGUGCUCUUGGAGACAAAAGCAAGAAGGCAACUCAUGUGCCUUACAGAGAUUCCAAAUUAACUCGUCUAUUGCAAGACUCGCUUGGAGGAAAUAGCCAAACUGUGAUGAUAGCAUGCAUCAGCCCCUCUGACCGGGAUUUUAUGGAGACUCUGAACACUCUGAAAUAUGCAAACCGGGCCAGAAACAUCAAGAACCGAGUGAUGGUGAACCAGGAUAAGGCGAGCCAGCAAAUCAGUGCUCUUCGGACGGAGAUUGCGCGGCUACAGAUGGAACUCGUGGAGUACAAGACUGGGAAAAGAAUAAUAGGAGAAGAUGGAAUGGAGAGUAUUAAUGACAUGUUUCAUGAGAACUCUAUGCUACAAACUGAGAACAACAACCUAAGGGUACGGAUUAAGGCAAUGCAGGAGACCAUCGAUGCUCAGCGAACCAGAUUAACCCAGAUACUCAGUGACCAGGCUAACCAGGUGCUGGCCAGAGCAGGUGAAGGAAAUGAAGAGAUUGGGAACAUGAUACAAAAUUACAUCAAAGAAAUUGAAGACCUCCGGGCUAAGCUUUUGGAGAGUGAAGCAGUGAGUGAGAACCUUAGAAAAAAUCUUUCCAGAGCUUCAACACGGACCUCCUUCUAUGGAGGGCCCUCGUCAUAUACCACGUCAUUGAUGGGACCCGAAAACGAGACCACAGACAUCAUCGAAUUGGCCAAGAAAGACUUGGAAAAACUCAAGAAAAAAGAGAGAAAGAAAAAGAAAAGGCUUCAGCAGCUUGAGGAAAGCAGACGAGAGGAAGAAAGUGUUAUCAAGGAGGAGGCUCCUGACAAUGAGCAAGACAAGGGAGUUGAGAAGGAAGUUGCUGAACGAUCUAGCCAUGAAGCUGAAAUGGAGGGACAGGAUGUUAGUGAUCAUGAAGAAGGAGAGGGGGAGGAGGAAGAGGAGGAAGAGGACGAAAUGGAGGUGGAUGAUAGCUCAGAUGAUUCUGAUUCUGAACUGGAUGAGAAAGCUAAUUUCCAGGCAGAUCUGGCUAACAUUACAUGCGAAAUCGCUAUCAAGCAGAAGCUGAUCGACGAAUUGGAAAACAGCCAGCGUAGGCUUCACACCCUCAAACAGCAGUAUGAACAGAAACUGAUGAUGCUUCAGAGCAAGAUCCGAGACACACAAUUGGAGAGAGACCGGGUUCUCCAGAACAUGGGUUCAAUGGAGUCGUAUUCCGAAGACAAAGCUAACAAAAUUAAAACGGAAUACGAGAAGAAGUUAAGCGUCAUGAAUAAAGAGAUGCACAAGCUGCAGUCUGCUCAGAAGGAACAUGCUCGCUUGCUGAAGAACCAAUCUCAGUAUGAGAAACAACUGAAGAAGCUGCAGCAGGAAGUGGCAGAGAUGAAGAAAACAAAGGUGCGUCUUAUGAAGCAAAUGCGGGAAGAACAAGAGAAAGCCCGGAUGGCAGAGUCCAGACGGAACCGGGAGAUCGCCUCACUGAAGAAAGACCAGCGCAAACAGGAGCAUCAGCUACGGCUUCUGGAGGCGCAGAAGAGACAACAUGAGUUAAUACUUCGCAGGAAAACAGAGGAGGUCACGGCCUUGCGCCGACAGGUGAGACCGGUGUCGGGGAAGGUGAACCGCAAGCUGAGCCUGCCAGAGCCAGUCCAGGAUUCUGCCCACUCACUGCGAGCUCCCUCAAGCAGAAUGCAAAGUGCAGGUUCAGUGGCAGCAACCUAUGGGAACAGGAAGUACCAAAGGAAAGUUGUAGGUGUUUAUUCCUCAAAAACAGCCAGAAUGAAAUGGCAGUCACUUGAGCGCCGUAUCUCAGAUAUUAUCAUGCAGAGAAUGACAAUUGCUAACAUGGAGGCUGAUAUGAACCGCCUCUUAAAGCAACGUGAAGAGCUUGCCAAAAGAAGGGAGAAGUUUUCCAAAAAGAGAGAUAAGAUUGCCUUGGAGGGGAGUGAUGCGGACAAAACCGUUUUGUCUCUCAAUGAAGAAAUGGAAUCCCUCACUGCAAACAUAGAUUACAUUAAUGACAGUAUCUCUGACUGUCAAGCUAAUAUAAUGCAAAUGGAGGAGGCAAAGGAAGAAGGGGACACAGUAGAUGUUACUGCAGUGAUUAGUUCCUGCACUUUAUCAGAAGCUCGUUUCCUGCUGGACCAUUUCCUGUCAAUGGCCAUCAACAAGGGUUUUCAAGCUGCCCAAAAGGAGUCUCAGAUCAAAGUGAUGGAGGGUCGUCUCAAGCAAACGGAAAUAAACAGCGCAACUCAGAACCAGCUCUUGUUCCACAUGCUGAAAGAGAAAGCUGAAUUCAACCCUGAACUGGAUGCUUUGCUUGGAAAUGCAUUACAAGAACUAGGUAGCAUACCAGUAGAAAAUGGAGAUGAAAGUAGCAGUGACGAAUCACCCCAGAGCCCAGGCACAGAAGGAAACUCAUUAGCCUCUGACCUCAUGAAGCUCUGUGGAGAAACCAAACCAAGGAAUAAGGCCCGAAGAAGGACAACUACUCAGAUGGAGCUACUGUAUGCACACAGCAGUGACCCUGCCCUUGACGCUACACCAGAGGGCUUCUCUGCCCCUCUCCUGCCAGUCGCUGAAGCCCAGGAGAGUGGGGAAGAUGCAGAGAUUGCCAGGGCUGCUGCUAGGGAACGAGACCCACUGCCUUCACCGUCAGGCCCACCUUUUAAACAAGGUGGCAUUUCCAGACAGUCCACAGGCACAGAAAAGAGAGCACCCGAGCCGUCUCCUUUGACCCGAAGAAAGAUGUAUGAAAUGGAACAAAUGGCAGGAGAAAAGGCCAAGAGAAAGGAAGUCAAACACUCUAAUUCAGGAUCCCCAGAGACCAGUUUGAUAGACCCCUCUUCUCCUCCAAGCCGAUCCUGUAGUGAACAGAAUGUUUUUAGCCGUCUUGCAGUUUCUCAGGGGAAUUCAGAAGCUCAGCCAAAUAAAGGUGUAAUCAACCCAUUCCCUACUACAAAAAGCAACAGAACUGCACUCUUGCAGUGUAUCCAUGUGGCUGAAGGACAUACAAAGGCUGUACUCUGCGUAGACUCCACUGAUGAUCUCCUUUUUACAGGCUCCAAAGAUCGCACUUGCAAAGUGUGGAAUUUGGUUACUGGACAGGAGAUAAUGUCUUUAGGGGGUCAUCCAAACAACGUGGUAUCAGUGAAAUACUGCUCCAGUUUGGUUUUCACAGUCUCCACAUCUUAUAUUAAGGUGUGGGAUAUAAGAGAUUCAGCCAAGUGCAUACGAACACUGACGUCUUCAGGCCAGGUGACGCCAGGGGAUGCUUGUGCAGCUAAUACUAAUAGGACUGUUACAAUACCUGCUGGAGAAAACCAGAUCAAUCAAAUUGCACUGAACCCCACAGGCACCUUCCUCUAUGCAGCUGCAGGAAAUGCAGUUAGAAUGUGGGACCUUAAGAGGUUUCUGUCCACAGGCAAACUGACUGGACACCUUGGUCCUGUUAUGUGUCUGACUGUUGACCACACUGGAACUGGACAAGAUCUGAUCAUUACUGGAUCAAAAGACCACUACAUAAAGAUGUUUGACGUAAGUGAAGGAGCGCUGGGAACCGUAAGCCCGACACACAACUUUGAGCCUCCACAUUAUGAUGGCAUUGAGUCUCUGGUCAUCCAGGGAGACAGUCUCUUCAGUGGCUCAAGAGAUAAUGGUAUUAAAAAAUGGGACCUGUCUCGCAAAGAUCUCCUCCAGCAAGUUCCAAACGCCCAUAGAGACUGGGUGUGCGCUCUAGGAAUUGUACCUGGAAACCCAGCACUCCUGAGUGGCUGCAGGGCAGGCGUCCUCAAACUGUGGCACUCAGACACCCUCUCGCCUCUGGGAGAAAUAAAGGGCCACGAGAGUCCUAUAAACGCCAUCUCUACCAACUCCAGCCACAUCUUUACAGCGGCAGAUGAUCGUACUGUGAAAAUAUGGCGAGCAAGAGGGUCUCUGGAUGGACAGAUGUCUGAUGCUGUGGACACCACUGAUGAAGUCAGCAGCAGUUGAAGAGAGCUGGGAAGGUGCCACGUGGAUACUGUGAAGGCAUGCAGCACUACGCACUUUGCUGUGAGAUGGCGAGGAAUCUACGAUAACUGGAACCCGGAAUGAAGAUAAACUAAACCUUUAUGAAUAUUAACCCGAAAACUAAUUUUCUUCACAUCCUUUCAGAUAUCAUGUGUAAAACAAUUGGUUGCACGUUUCUUCGCAGCUUACCAACACUGUUAGACAGUGUUUUUUUGUGUGCAAUCAGUGAUUGUGUUUACUUGCAAAACGAGAUAGUGAGUAGCAGCUUUCACAGGUACAAUACAGUAAUCUGUUUAACAGCUAAAAUGCAGCGCACAUUAUUCUUGCAAAUAGACUUUUGGUGAUUAAUUCUGUUAUCCAUAAGCUGUUUUUUAUUGCUUAAACUUGGGUUGCAGUUAGUAACGUAUUACCCAAAGGUUCAGCCUAUUAUGAUUAGUGGGAGCAACCAUCAUAUUAUGUAAUCUUAUAGUGGCUGCAUAAUAGCGAUUAAACCACAAUGCUCUUAAACCGUUAAAGAUUGGCUUUAAUGUUAGCAAUUGCAAUUGAUCAGUGACCAAAGUGUGUGAAACUGGUUAUCAACAGGCUCAUAACAUGCUGUACCCAGUGAUUGUAUCAUUGGUUCUCUACAUUCUCAACAAAAGCGGUAUUUUUACUCAUUACAACUCAUGUCAAUGUUUGUCUUAGAUGUCCUUUAUGACUUUCUUGAUUCUUAAUUGUUAAUGUUUAAGUGUCUUUUUUUGUUUUCAACAUAAAGGUGUUAACCUAGUUUAUUUGAAUUCACUUACAUGCUGCUAAGUCUUCUGAAUGCAUUUAUCCUUUCAUCUUACAAACCAAGCUCUUCACCUGGAGUAUGUACAAUUUGUACAUAGUUCUGUGGCUAAAGAAAGGAACCAUUAUACUGUGCCUGUAUAACUAAUACUGUAGACACAGUACAGUAGAUAAUGAUUUGUGAUGAACAUUCUUCCUGGAUUGGGUUUUGAUUUUUAUUAUGUUGAAAGCUUUAUGUAUAUAAGAUUCUUGGUUUUCACCCUGAAUUUUAGUUGCAGAUGGCACCUAUCUUUCUAGCCAAUUUAAUGCCAAAUGCAGAGUGUAAUAAAUUUAAUGUCAAAACAUC